GACAAACAGAAAUGCAGUUGUUGCUAGUUCCGAGUUUGUUGCGUACGCUUUGCAAAGUAUAUUCCGCAAAAUAACUUCACACCGUUUCCCUAGCUACGUUCCUUUUGUCAAACUUACUUGUUACCGAAAACUAUACUUACGGCAGCAAUAUAAUCAAUAAACAAUUUGUAUCCAAGCGCUGAAACAGGCAAGAUGUCCAGCAAUAAUGAGCAGGUGAAACAGUUCGCACAGAUUACCGGUGCAUCGGAGGAAAGAGCGAAAUUUUUCGUUGAUGCGGCUAACGGCGAAUUGCAGGUUGCGCUGAGUAAUUUUUACGAAGGCGAGAACGAUGAUGCGGACGUUUCCGACGAGGAGAAUCCGCCCGCGGAGCCUGCUUCGAUACAGUUCGCUCGUGCAGAAAAAGCAAAGAGCAAGAAAGCGCCCAAGCCACAGUCAAACAUUGCAACGCUCCAUACGCUUCACUCGUCCUCGUCAGAAGAUGAGGAAGAGCAGGGCCAAGCUUUUUAUGCAGGCGGUUCGGAACGUUCCGGCCAGCAGGUGCUAGGACCGCCGAGAAAGAAUCCGAUCAAAGAUUACGUGUCGGAGAUUUUCCGUUCCGCCCAGCAGGGUAAUCUGGAAACGUUCGAUCCUUCGGAUGAGAGCGGUGGUUCCAGCUGGUCCCUAUACGCCGGAACCGGAUACCGUCUCGGGCAGACGGAAGACGAUCACCAAGAAGUGGCACCGCGUGGAUCACGAACAGCAGCAGCAACCGGAGGGCAAAAUUUGGAAAUUGUUACGCUUACGCUGUGGCGCCAAGGAUUCGUGAUUAACGACGGUGAGCUGCGCUUGUACGAAGAUCCGGCAAACCGGGAAUUUUUCGAAUCCAUCACCAGGGGUGAAAUUCCGGAGGAACUUCGUUCGAAGGGCCAAACAAUGUUCCGCGUCGACCUGAAGGAUAACCGGCACGAGGAGUAUGUGAAGCGAAGCAAGCCGUUCAAAGCGUUCGGUGGAUCCGGCCAAACACUCGGCAGUCCCGUUCCGCCGAUGGCAACGGCAAGCAGUAGCAGCACAACCAGCUCCAGCAGUGUAACCGGCAGCAACGAAGAAAAUGAAAAGCGCGCCACCGAAGAGCUUGCGCUGGACAGUAGCCAACCUACGACGAUGCUUCAGAUUCGGCUGGCCGAUGGGAGCCGACUGUCGGCGCGUUUCAACCAGACGCACACCGUCGACCACGUGCGGCGUUACAUUGUGAACGCCAGACCGCAGUACGGGGCACAAAAUUUCGCUCUCAUGACAACGUUUCCAAGCAAGGAGCUGAGCGAUGGUGCGCAAUCGCUGAAGGAAGCCGGUUUGCUGAAUGCAGCAAUAAUGCAGCGAUUGAACUAAAGUAGUUGGUAGGCGCUAAAACACUUUUGGUAUGCGUACAGGAGAUAAUAAGCUUCAUGAAGAAUUUUCCGCAGCAGUCGCACGUGCUAAUACGAGCACUCAGGCGGCUGCACUCAAAACUAAUAUUAGUAUGAUCCAUUUAGGUGGAUCUGAAAUAGCAUAGAGUUAUAAAUUUGAUCCAAAUGAAUUGAGCUCAUUUUCCUCCGACCCAACACACAUACAUCACCAACAACAUCGUACAUGUGAUGAAAGUCGAAACGUGUUGCCAAUGGCAACGUUGCUAAUCUAGCAUUGUUUCCCCGCACGGCAAGAUGCAUGAUGACGAAUGCGCAGACCGAUUCGCUGAUGUUUGAGAAACAAUUGUGAUAAAUCUGAUGGAAAUUUGUGUAUCGUUGCAGCUUGUGGAAAUAUACAACUACAUAACGGUGAGCGGGAAGUGGAUUUGCUUA